CAUCACCAUCGUAGUGGUGCGGUCAUACGCAGGUGUCGUUGUUUCGGUAUCUUUGGUGCUUCGACGCGAAGGAAGAGGAGAAAAGUGAACCCGUUGAGUUUAAUAUUGUUCGCUCUAAGGGGAACCACUCGGUCUUUGCUAUCUGGAACGUGCAGAUGGAGGGUCAUAUGUUAGCAAGCCUGUUCCUAGGACUUUUCUACAUCCUGGGCGCCGCGGCCUCCCUGGAAUGCAGUGGACUGCUCACCGAAGCUGUAGGGGAGAUGAAGUCUCCUGGCUACCCCGAUGCCUAUCCUGCCAACGUGGACUGUCGAUGGAUCAUUGAAGCUCCGCCAACCCGAAAAAUCAUCCUCUCAUUCAAUGAUUUCUUCAUCGAGGAUACUGUUUUCUGCACCCAUGGUGACUAUCUCGUCGUUUCCGAACCCGGUUAUGACAAUUAUGUAUUCUGCGGUCGAGAUCAUCCCAGGACCAUCGAGUCCGUUGGAAAUGCCCUCGAUAUCAACUUCGUCUCGGAUGGCGACGACCAACAUGGAUUCCGGUUUAGUCUCACCUAUAUUACCGUUUCCAAAUGCGAAGAUGGAUGGGAAGAAUUUGAGUUGAUGUAUGAUGAUAAAGUUUACCUCUAUCAAACUCCUAGCGGAGAGUUUAAAACGCUUCCAUAUGUUCAUUAUCGCAUCCCGGAAGUUGUUGAGGGAAACGAGGGUGAGGAGAAUUGUGACAAUUACGGUUUCUCUCGAUUCGUCAGGGCAUUUGCCCUCAAAGAUAAGUCGAAAGAAGAGGUUGCGAAUGCUAUGGAGAGGAUUUUCCGAGAGGUGCCCGGCUACAAAAAACUACACGUCGAUUACGGCCGACAGUUUUACAAUAGGACCAUGGAUGCUCUUCUGAACAAGUUUCGAAUCGAACGCGAAACAGCUAUUUUAGGUGAUUACAGUUUGGACCCGCUCAAGACAGAGCAUGCUUUCUGCAACAACGUAUCGGUGACGAUCGAUGGGAUAACAAUGUAUAGCGUGAACCUCGAUACCGAAACCAAUGCCGUCACACAACCCUACCUGGUGACACUGGAUGCCGUCGGAAAUGCCAAUAUGGAAUUAGAUUUCAAGUCCUACGGAACUCGCCGUUUCAUGAUUUGUUUCGACUUGAGUUCAAACCAUAGUGUGCCAGAUCGCCAUGAUCUGGCACACUCAGAGCAGCCUUUCUUUAGAACCGGCCACCUGAAGCUGGGUUUUUAUGGAGAUACAUUUGAAAGAUUCGUGAGCGAGCAUGGGGGAAAAUCGGUUGUCUACAACGACGUUCAAGUUCAGAGCUCAAGGGCAAAAACAUGCGGGGUCCACGUCAUUUUCUACCUCAUUCGUCGAUGUCUUGGCCACAGCGUGAAAGAAAUGAUCAUGUACAUCAUCAGGGUACACUCUGCAGAAGAGCGAGAUGAUGCAUUGGUGCUUUUAUCGGUAUUGGCUCAUGUGAAAUUGGAGGCAACAUCUCCUCAUACUAUCGUGCUCAGACUCGAAGGAGAGAAUCGACUCAGGAGGAAGACCAUCGAGGAGAAACUCGGGUCGCUACGUUUGUCGCUGCGUCAGAAGCAAAUCCCCGGAGAUGGUUGGCUGCUGGGAGAUUCUGGAUAUCCACAGCGAAGUUAUCGCAUGAUUAACCCAAAAACUAAGGAAGAGGUUGCCUACAACAAUUGUCAUGCAAGAGCUCGUUCUAUCGUCGAAAGAGCUAUUGGAUCACUGAAAGCUCGAUUUAGGAGUCCCAGCCGCACUAUUGGUACUACGAUCCGACAGUCACAGGAAUCACUGGCCUCCAUGCUGAACUAUAAACCUGAGAAGACCCUCGUUGACUGGCGGGAUUUCAUUCGGGAGCUCCUGUACCGCCAACUGGAAAACCUACCUCCGAUAGGCGGCCCUGAGCAGGUCGUGCAAAUUGAUGAGAGCUAUUUCCGGGGUCGACGCAAGAACAACAAGGGGAGGUUCAUGGUGGAAUCUUUGUCUUUUCUUUGUGGAAAGACAAGAUCGGAGAACCUUGCUUCCCAUCAUCCUGAAGCAUAUUCUGCCAGGUCACAUGAUCCGAUCGGUCGAGUGGGGGGUGUACUUGGAAGACCUUCGAAGAGUGCUGGAACUCCUUCUGGAACUUACCCUAACACACAAAGAAUGGGAGGCUCCUGA